AUGGCGGCCUCGGCCGAGCGCGGAGCACCGCCCGCCUCUUCGCACCCGCUCAAGAUCUUCGACGCGGCCAAGCGGCAGGACAGGUUUCUGUAUGCCUGUGCGCCCAUGGUGCGCUACAGCAAGCUUGCGUUUCGGCAGACCGUCCACAAGUUCGGCGUCGACCUGUGCUGGACGCCCAUGAUUCUCGCCAAGGAGUUUAACCGCAACAGCUUCGCCAGAGACAGCGACCUGACCAUCUCCACGCUCGGCCCCCAGCCGCCCACCAUCCUGCAGUUCGGCGCCAACUCCCCCCAGGAACUCGCCCGCGCCUCGUCCCUCGCGGCGCCCCGCGUCGCCGGCGUCGACCUCAACUGCGGCUGUCCCCAGUCGUGGGCCUGCGCAGAGACGCUCGGCGCCGCCCUCAUGGAUCGCCGCGAGCUGGUGCGCGACAUGGUUGUCGAGACGCGCGGCCGCCUCCGCGACGAUGGCUGGGCCGUCGGCAUGGAAGGGCAUGUGGAGAGCCCCCUGGGGAGAAGCGUCAGCGUCAAGAUUCGCGUGCACGAUGACUUGCGGAAAACGAUGGACUUCUUGGACACGGUCAUCGGACACCCGCAGAACCGCCUCGUCGACUGGAUCACCAUCCACCCACGAACAAGACACACCCCCUCCACCGUCCCCAUCCGCGCCGAAGCCCUCGAGAUCCUCACGGCAAAGUACGCCGCCACGCUCCCCAUCCUCCUCUCCGGCGACGUCUUUGCCCUCUCCGCCCUGCCCUUCAAAGCCCCGUCCGACCCCGGCCUCUCCACCACAAUCACACCGCCACCCCUCGAGGACGACAGCCUUCGGCCCAGCAACACCCGUCUGGCGGGCUUCAUGUCUGCGCGCGGUCUGCUCGCCAACCCGGCCUUGUUCGCCGGCUUCCCGGCCUGUCCGUGGGAGGCCCUCGAGACCUUCAUGUGCAACGUCGCCCGCUGCCCGCUCUCCUUCAAGGUCGUCGUCCACCACGUCUCGGAGAUGUGCGGGCCCGGCAUGGGCGCGGAAAAGUCGGCGCUGCUGCCCAAGAAGGAGAGGAUCAAGCUGGCCAGCCUGAGCAAUAUGCUCGAGCUGGUGGACUUUUUAGACGAAAAGAUGGAGCAGCAGACGGGGAGGACGGGUGGCUUGCGGCGGGACUUGUGA